GUUUGACAAGACAGACAACGAUCCCAAAGUACGAUCCUAAUGCGGUCAACCAGUUGACCUCGAGUUUCCUUGACCCCUCCAAGUCCAAACUCGGGGCAGGAGGUGCCACUGGUGGGAUGUAUAACCCUGACCAAUGGAACACCAUUAGCUUCAAUAUGUUCAACCCUCAGUCUCAGCUCGGCAGGCGUCAUGUUAAAAGACAAACUGCACAAAUACCAAGUUCUGGUGGAAGUACAUCGCCUUCUAGUGGCACGGCCUCUGGUGGAACGCCUUCUGGUGGAUCGACUUCCAGUGGAUCAUCAUCUGGUGGAUCACCUUCCAGUGGAUCUGGUUCUAGCGGGUCCAGUCAGACCGGAGGAGCCACUCAGAUGACACAACCUAAUAUGUUUAUUAACCCUGGGGCAUUUAUGAUGGGAGGCGGGUCACCUUCGUCUCCAGGUAGCGGCGGAGGAAGCAGUAGUAGCGGCGGAAGUAGCACUGGUGGAAGCGGAAGUAGUGGAUCAUCAAGUUCGGGUUUGAUACCGUCAUUUGAUCCAAACAAGUUAAACCAAAUUCAGGCAAGCUUCUUGGAUCCUUCAAAUGCUCAACUAGGACAAGGAGGGGGAGGCGGGUCUGGCUUUAAUCCUGAUCAGAUCAACAGCCAAGCGUUCAAUUUUUUCAACCCUAACCUCAUGAUGGGAGGAGGCGGACGCUGAGUGAGACGGCAGCAGGGAUGACAUCUACUACAUUUAUAUAUAAUUUGUUGUACAUUAUAACUGUAAUAAACAUGUGAAAAAAUCCAAC